UUUUCGCUGUGGCGGAACGUUGGUUGGACCUCAAAACCACCCAGUUUCCCCACGGACUUAUCGGCCAUCAUCACCCAACUUCAGCAGGCCGAGACAGAAUCUCGUCCCUCGUCCUGUUCCACUCUCCCGUAGUCACAGAGUACUCUAGGGUGGGGUUCUCUCCCAUCGUGUGGUGAAAGAAUCCUCAUAGCCCCCCAUCUUCCCACCCACUCCAACCUCCUCAUCGAACAGUUAUGUCUUACGGAUCUAGUUACUAUCAGGACAACGUCCCCUCGGCCUACGGGACGGGUGGGAACUAUCCCACCCGUUCCUUCCCCACCGGAACGCCCGCCGGCACGACGUCCCGUCCAACUUUCCAGACGGAAAAGAUGGAAGAGAACCUCGCCCUCCAUAUCAAAAAAGCUCUCUCGCCCGAAGAGACCGCCCCAAAGCAAAAGCACGUCCGCGCUUGCAUCGUCUACACCUGGGACAUCAAGUCGUCUGGAAGCUUUUGGAUGGCCGUCCAAACCUAUCCCGUCCUCGGCGACGAGUUGGUCACCUUCAAAGCCUUACUCACCGUCCAUAAGGUCAUGCGCGAGGGUCACCCCAAGGUCCUCAAAGACGCAAUCUCACAAAGCUCCUGGUUCGAGAACCUUGCUCGUGGAGUACAUCCCAACACCCACAGGGGCUACGGGGUUCUUAUCCGCGCAUACGUCCAGUUCCUCCUCGCAAAACUCGAAUAUCACAGGCUUCACCCAGAGUUCAGGGGAAACUUUGAUUAUGAGGAAUACGUCACACUGAAGGGAGUUGAGGACCCCAACGAAGGAUUCGAAACCAUCAACGAUCUGCUCAUCUUGCUCGAUAAGCUGGAUUCUCUCCAGAAGCUCAUCUUUGUCAACUUCCGUCCAACAUCAAACAACGAGGCCCGUAUUGCUGCUUUGGUGCCACUUGUGGAGGAAAGUUACGGUAUCUACCAGUUUUUGGUUACCAUGUUGACGGCGAUGCAUCAAAUCAUGGGGUCCGUGGAAGUCUUGGCCCCUCUCCGCGACAAAUUCAAAGCCGGACAUUUCGCCCUUUUCAAAUUCUACCACGAAUGCUCUACGCUGAAGUACCUAACAUCCCUCAUCACGGUCCCACGACUCCCACAAGAUCCACCAGACUUCCUCGCGCAAGGUCCGCCAACCCGCCCUCCUCGGUCCGAAAGUCCCGACAAGCAACAAUCGGAGAUUGACCGCUUCAAUCGAGAGCAGGACCGUCUCGCAAAGGAGCUGAUGGAGGAACAGGAGCGAGAACAGCAGCGUAUAAUGGCUGAGAGGGAGCUGGAGGAUGCGAGGCAAAGGCAAAUGCUGCUGCAACAGCAACAGCAGCAGCAGCAGGAAGACAUGCAAAGGAGAGCCCAUGAAGAGUUCCUGAGACAGCAGGAGGCUGAGCGUAGGAGGAUGGAGGAAGAAAGACAGCGGAUGCAGCAGCAGGCUAGCGCUGCUAACCUGUACAUGGAGAACCAACUCCAGCAGCAAAGGAUGCUGAAUGCCGCGAAUGAGUUGGACCAGUACAAAAAUCAGUCCUUCCGGGACAAAGAACUGCUGCAUCAGUACGACAUGAAAGUCAAAGCUCUAGAACAACAACUCUCUCAACUCUCAGUCGGCAACCGUGACAUGGACCACGCAAAAGACGACCUCCUGCGGCGUUUACAAGACGAGCUUGCGCAGUGGAAGCAGAAAUACGAAGCCCUGGCGAAACUUUACGCCCAGCUUCGGAAGGAGCACCUGGACUUGCUGACCAAGUUCAAGGAUGUGCGGGAUACGGCCAAUCGGCAGACCGAGCAGGCGAGGAAGGAUGUUGAGAAGGCCAAGGCGGACCAGAAGACCAAGUCCAACGAAAUGACGGAACUCCUUAUCGAGCGCGACCGCUUGAAAGGCGAAGUUGACCGCGUCCGUGGCCAAUACGAGGAAGAGAUGCACCGCCUGCGGCGGGAUCUGGACGAUGCCAAGGCGUCAUUGAAAGAUAUGUCCACGUCGAAAGGCGCGGAGAUGCAGAAUAUUGUUGCGAGGUUUGAGGCUGAGAAGGCGGAGUUGGAGGAGUUGAACAAGUCUAAGAACCAGCAAUUGGACGAUUUGCGACGCCAAUUGGAAAAUGCUUCAGCGGAUUUGCAACGAUACAGAGCGAACCAGGAAGAAGAGUCCGCUGUCCUUAGCACCGGUCUCGACCAGACGUUGCUCGCUUUGGCAGCACAGCAAAAGGCCGCACAAGACGCGCAAAGGGAGCGCGACCAAGCACUGUCGCAGCUAGGAUCGGUGAAAUCAGACCACUUACGGCAGCUCAACAGCAUGAUGGAUAACCUUCUUCAAUCCUGCAUCUCCACUGUGGAUGAAGCCAUCUACGAGAUGGACAGUCCGGCCAACAUGGGCAAUCAGACUGCGUCGCCGGAGUAUGUGUUGUCUCUGUUAGAGAAGAGUCAGGCGCUGUGUAAUGAUUUUGGAACGAGUUUUGUGAAGCUGGUGCAGACUGGCGACCACAAAGAAGCCAUCGCGUCGUCCACCAGCUUUGCCCAUUCCGUGAGCCAACUCCUGCACAACGCCAAAGGUGUCACCCGUCUAGCGGCAGAAGAUGACCAAAUCGAAGAAAUCGUGCGCACCGUCAAGCUCGGCGCGCUCGGCGGUCGUCUCUUCUUCGAUCAGGUCAAGUCCGUCUCGCUCGACACAAUCGACGCCAGCCACCGUCCCGAACACAUCCUUAGCCUCUCCAAAGAAACUCAACAUCAGCUCGGCCGCAUGUCCGGCCUCAUCGAACGCCUAGUCGUCAACAAAAUCGACGAAGCGAAAGCCAACCUGGAAGACGAGGUUGAGAAAUCGAUGAAAUCCGCUGCGCAGGCCAUCGAGGACGCCGCCAAGCGGUUGGAGGCGUUGUUCAACAAAAAGCGCGAGGGCAAAGACCUCGACGUGCAUUCCGCAAUCUUGCAGGCCGCGAUGGCCAUCACCUCAGCCAUCGCGAUGCUCAUCCAGCGCGCGACCGAGACGCAGCAGGAGAUUGUCGCCCACGGGCGCGGGUCAACCACUAGCGGCCAGUUCUACAAAAAGAACAACAAAUGGACUGAGGGUCUCAUCUCCGCCGCGCACGCCGUCGCGUCCGCUACCACCACCCUCGUCGAAUGCGCCGACGGUCUCGUUUCGGGCACCCACUCGUACGAGCAACUCGUCGUCGCCGCUCAAGAAGUUUCCGUCGCAACCACGCAACUCGUGGCCGCGUCCCGGGUCAAAUCCAUCCCCUUCUCCAAAACCCAAACGAAGCUCGAAGACGCGGCCGUGGCCGUGCGCAAAGCCACCGAGCUGCUCGUCAAAGCCGCCAAAGAGGCCGCGAAACGAGGCGCGGAAUCUUCCGCGCAGCAUGAUAUCGACCGGUUGUCGAAACAUCAGCUGAAGGUGGCGGAGAUGGAGCAGAAGGUGAAGAUUUUGGAGAUUGAGAAGGAUCUUUCGACGGCGAGGUAUAGGCUCGGUGAGCUUGUUAAGAAGGGAUAUCGGCCGGAGGAGGAUGAGUAGAGACAGAUGCCCAAAGUAUCCGGCCUCCUUUGUUCUCCAUCCCUCUUUUGUCUCUUCGGCUAGUCCCCGCAACUAGCCACCCCCGUUUUAUCUAGCACACUAGAAAUCCCACGCUUCCAUUCGCAUUCUAUACACCUUAUCCAUUUCCCUUCUGUAAUGCAACCUACAAUACUAUACUACACUCCAGCCUCCUGGUUACUUCCAAAGCAUUUGCACUCGACAGCGAGGAAGUAGAACGAG